AACAGAACAGUUUGCUACUUUAAGCAGGCCACAUCAAUUCUGCUCGGUGUGAACACACAAAAAGAAGGAUUUUCUUCAUAAACUGAAACUUCACCACAGAAGACAUUCAUCAUGCCUGUUCCAUACAACGACAUGGCUAAAGAGAAACAACAGCGGGCUCUGGAGCUGUGCUUAGAGGCCAAAGGAGAGUAUCUGGACCUGGGAAAGAAGAUCAGUGUUCCUCAGGAUGUAAUGAUGGAGGAGUUAAACCUGCUGUCAAAUAGAGGUUCUCGAAUGUUCCAGGAGAGACAGAAGAGGGUGGAGAAGUUCACACUGGAGGGGUUUGGAAGCAGACCUGAAAGUGAAGGUGAGAUUGUGGGCCAGCAGGCCACAGAAGGGCAGACAGACAGUGCUUACAGCAGCAAAGGGGUCACUCAGCCAGGGAGAACCAACCUGCUGGCCUCACUCCAACACACUGUAGCCAAGAAAGGAAAUCCUGGCGUUCUUGCACCAGGUUAUUCCGGGCCCCUUAAAGAGAUUCCUCCAGAGAAAUUUAAUGUCACUGUAAUCCCCAAGUCCUACAGCUCACCUUGGGAAGAAUCCAGCAAUAGUACAGUGCUCCUGGCCGCUAUCAGUGCCCGUCUGCCUGAACCUCCUUGCAAGCUCACCCCUGCAAACUACAAGUGCUUUAACAGAGCUCCUAUACCAUUUGGCGGGACAUCAGGUAGCAUGAGGACCCUGUCUCUGCCCGGCUUUGAACUUCAACAGGCCUACACUGAGCCAAGUCUGACCUGGAAGAGAAUGUGUAACAGACCCAACUUUAACCGUACACCUAGAGGCUGGGGAGCUCAAUACACUGCUGAGAGCGUGGAAAUGUAAAACAGGAAUAUAUAACACAAACCGGUGCUAAUCAGUAACGACAAACAGGUGGCUACGUUAGUAUGCACGGCAAAAAAUAUCCCAUUAUCUGCAAGUUAAGACAACAGGCACCAGGCCCUGCCACCUAAAAAAGUUUACAUGCAUGUUUUCAGCUUUAAAUGAAGUUUUUUUCCCAAAUGUUAACAGCGCUUCAAUUUAGAAUUCAGACAAUCAUACAGCCAGUGGUGUAUAGCAACGAAGUAAUAAUACUUCGUUACAGUACUUAAGUAGUUUUUUUAAGUACUUGUACUUUACUGGAGUAUAAACAUUUUCGGCAACUUUCACUUUUACUCCACUACAUUUUCAAAAGAAAUUGUGUACUUUUACUCCGUUACAUUCGCUGUAUGUAAAUUCGUUACUCGUUACUACAAAAUGAACGUUAAUCUGCGCCAGACGGUGGUUAAACACAUUACUGCGCAUGUGCAAACGUGCUCUAAACGCUAUCGGAGUUUUCACCCAAAGACCCGCAAAUAUGGAGAUUUCAGAAGCUCCAACACACUGAUGUAAGUUAACAAUGGUUAACAAAGUAAAGCAUCAGCAUUUUUCUCAUAUUAUUAGCAUUAACAUUGUUCAGAUAUCUACCUACCAUUUUUACCGAUUACAUUCGAACCACAAAUAAAACGUUUCACUAAA